CGAAACUACGGGAACAAAGGGAAGAACAAUCCGCAUGAUUAACAAUGCUGGAAUUUUUACAUCUUGCCUUAACUGAUCAAGACUGGCCUCCCCAUUCUGCGAUAAUAUUAGUGAUGGUUGGGAAACGGUAUAUCCCGAUUAGGCAAAGUAUAGAAGAAUUGGUCCGGCAUAUAGCGUUGAUCUGUGAAAUUUCAGAGCGCGUCGGCAGUGGAUACAGGACAGGGGAGUUGAUCACGUGGUGGGUUUAAGAGUGAAGUCAGCUCAAGGUCUGUUGCUA